AUGCACCCGGACUUCUGGCAUCCGGACCUCUUCCGGGCAGUUCUGAGGCACCUGCCUAGCAUCAUCCAAGUCCCCGACGGCAUAGAGGUGGACGAAUGGGCCCUGCGCUGCCCGGACAUCGAAGCCGCAAUCAAGUGCCUCUUCUGCUUCCUGCUGUUCUGGACGGCGAAGGAAAGCAGCGAGCGGUUCACCUUCGAGGUGGCUGAAGCUCUGCCGUUGCUCAACGCGGCGCUGGAUGCCAUUGAGCGGAAUGACUCGCGCUUUGGCACUGAGAUCGGCGCCAAGGUACGGGGCGACGCCUUAGAGGAGAUGAUCCGAGUUUGCGGACUCCUGACCCAGUUCAGCAUCGAGAGGAUGGACAGCAUGGACGAGGGGGAGGCCCUGGCAGCAGUGCAGCACCACGCCAUCCAGCUGAUGCAUGUGCAAGGCACAGAGGAUCAGGUUCAACUGGUUGAGACUUCGGUGGUCAUGGCAAAGAAGUAUCAGGUCAUUGACCCAUUCUUCCACCUCCUCGAGCGAAACGUCAUACGACUUCACUACUUCGUGAAGAUGCUCAACACCUGGCUGAAACAUGUCUUGGGCGCCACGUUCAUCAAGCUGGUUCGGAUGCUGAAGCUCAAGACGCCCGGUUUCCAAGCAUCAGGAUUCCCACUUGUGGAUCCAAGCCGGAGGCCCUGGGAGCUGCGUCUUGAGGUCCAGGCCAUCACAGAGGGCCCGAUCCCAGUGGACGAGCGGCAGCAGGACACCGAGUGGAUUACCAACCUUUUCGAGCGACUUCCUGAGCUGGAGGAGCCGCCCGUGAAGACGGCCGUGUUGAUGGACGCGUUCCGGGCCAUGGUGGAGAUGCCACUGGAGGAGCAGAGGUACCGACUGGAGUGCCUCGCGGUCUUGGUCCCACGCUUGAUCCACGGCUAUGCCGACCAGCUCAAGCAGAAGACCGUUCCCCCAGAGCUCGCCGACCUAAAGACUGUGAUGAACUCUGUCCUCCAAGACGAACCGACCACUUUCGCCCUCGAGUUGCUCGAGGAGGUGUCCUCCUACCCUUGCCUGCUGGACUUCACCACGAAGCGGGCGAUGAUCCACGCGCAGUGUGAUCGCGUGCGGCUGACGCAGGGCUCCGGCGAGCCCGUCCGGAUCGUGGUUCCCCGGGACAAUGUCCUGGACGGAGUCUGCUCCACGUUGAACCUCCAGGACGCGCAGGCCCGAAUCGACGUGCCCCUAGAGAUCGAGUUUCGAGCAGGCUACUCCGACGACACAGGCAACGAGAUGGUGGAGGAUGGAGAGGACCAAGGCGGGCCUCGGAGGCAGUGGAUGGACCGCGCCUGCCGCUACUUCAUCGCCUCGGACCUCUUCAUGUCCCCUUCGGAGGACGCCGCUCACCUGGAGAUGACCGACCGGGGUCCAGGGCCCCGUGGUCGGGGAAGGAUCGUCGUGCCCUCGCCGGAGCCCGUGUGCCAGUGCGUGCAGGAAGACUGGACCGAGCAGUUCGAGCUGUUCGGUUGCGUCAUCGGCUUCGCCAUCCUCCACAAGGAGACGAUACCGGUGCACUUUGGGCACAACUUCCUGCGCUCGGUGUUCGGUUUGAAAACAGAUACCGACGAUCUCCUCCCUCUUCUGGAGCAGGUGGACAAGACCCUCCAUACCAAGUUGACCUACAUCCUCGGCGGCUCCUACAGGGACCUUGGGGACACCCUGCAGGAUGUCCUGGAGCAGUCGCAUCUUCCGCAGACCUUCGUCGUGUCGGAGUCGCACUGCCAAGAGCUGGUGCAGAGCACCCCUCUCAUCGUGGACGGCGAGUCCAUGCAAGUUACCGAAGACAACAAGGAGCGCUUCGUGCACCUGCUGCUGGACCGAAUCCUCGUCAGCGGCGUGGCAAAGCAGGUGCAGUUCUUCCAGCGCGGCCUCUUACGGGUGGUGCCCAACGAGCUGGUGAAGGAAAUUGAGCUCAUGCUCUGCGGGGCCGACGGCAUCGACGUCGACGACUGGGAGAAGCACACUGAGCCUCUCGGCACCGGUUUAGGGUUUAGGGUUUAG